GGUAGCGGGAGCUGGAGGGGGGUGCAGCGCUCGGCCUCCCCCCGCUCCGGCACAUCCGCUGCGGGGGCAGGAAGUUGGGGGGGGCUCCCCCAUCUCGGAGCGUGCCCGCGGCAUCGGGACCCGCUCUGGCUGCACCCGCUGAUGGCUGGCCCGCGGUGGCACCCGCUGCUGCUGGCACUGGCAGUGCCGGCUGAGGCCGGGGUCCCCGCGGGGACCCGCAAUGACCAGGCGGUGGCUGCCCUGCUGGGCCUCCUGCUGUGCCUGGCACUGGCACUGGCGCUGGCCUGGCACCACCUGUGCCGCCUCUCGGCCGGCCGCUACCACCCCCGGCCCCUGGGCCGCCGGGCGCUGGAGCUGCUGCGGGGGCAAUGGCACCGGCUGCGCUCACCGGAGGACCCCGCCGUGGCCCUCGGGGACGGUGACGGGGAGGUGGCUGUGCGGGACGAGGAGGAAGAGCUGAUGCCCUGGAGCCUGGAGCGGCGGCCGGAGCAGGAGGAGGAGGAGGAGGAGGAUGAGCAGGAGGAGGAGAAGGAGGAAGAUGAGAAGGAGGAGGAUGAGGAGGAGGCCGAGGCAGCUCCGGAGGGCGGGGAGAGCCCCCUGACCGGGGGGAAGGUGGCGGGGGGCAGCGCUGAGGCCCUGCUCAGUGACCUGCACGCCUUCUCGGGGACAGCGGCCUGGGGGGACGUGCGGCCACACGUCACCGCCUUGUGAUGCCAUCGUCCUGACAUCACCACCCCGUGAUGUCACCUCCCAGUGAUGUCACCUCCCAGUGAUGUCACCACCCCGUGAUGUCACCACUCUGUGAUGUCACCUGCCCGUGAUGUCACCACCCCGUGAUGUCACCUCCCUGUGAUGUCACCACCCCGUGAUGUCACCUGCCCGUGGUGUCACCACCCCGUGAUGUCAUCAUCCCGUGAUGUCACCUCCCUGUGAUGUCACCACCCCGUGAUGUCACCACCCCGUGAUGUCACCUGCCCGUGGUGUCACCUCCCUGCCAGCAAAGGGACCCCUUCUCUGUCCCCUGCCUGCCCCCAGCCGAGGCUCCCGGUUGGCUGCAGGGGCCUGGGCACUGACCAAUAAAAGCAGCUCUGCCUGGA